AUGAGUGAAAGUGAAACACCCCGUAGAUCGUCGAGCACAGUUCAACGAAGAAACAUUCUCGACGCGCUCACAGGAUCACUCGGGAGGGAAGAAGGCGGAGUGGAUCGUAUCCCGACCGUUGCCCAGCAGAAGGCCGCACAGCAGGCAUUAAUUUCAAAGCGCAUUAUGGCGCAGAAUUUAGAGAUUCUUGUCGACCGGCAGGAGCUGCUAACAGACAAGUUGCUACGAAUGCGUGAAACGUUGCAGGAGGAAAAUAUCAGCGUUCAUCUAUUAACGCUUCACGUAGAAACACUGCGCCGAACAGCGGAUGAAUUUGAAAAGGUUUACUCCGAAAUGGUCUCUCUGGUAACUAAAGAACAACGCGAUGCUUUGAGACUUGAAUAUGCCAACUUCGAAACGAUUCAUAACGAUGUGUACGUGACGCUGCAGACGCGAAUCGACCAAGUACAGCAGCAAUUAAAAGUGCAAGAGCUUCAGCAUGUUCCGGUUUCGCUGCCUUCCUCACAGGCACAGAUAGCUCCAGUAUAUGUGCAGAGUCCAGCUCCUCACCUCCAAGCUCCAUUUCCAACUUUUAACGGUACUCUCGAUAACUGGUACAGCUUCAAAAGCUUAUUCCAGAGUAUCAUGGCUAAGUACACAAACGAAAGUGAUGCUAUGAAAAUUCUGCAUCUACGAAACUCGCUCACUGGUGAAGCAAAAGAUAAAAUAGAUCAAGAAGUGGUUAACAACAGCGAUUAUGCCACCGCGUGGAAGAUUCUGGAAGAUGCCUAUGAAGACAAGCGUCUAAUUAUGGACACCCAUAUCGACGCUAUCUUGGACUGUCCGAAAAUCACUCGAGAUAAUCGUGGCAAGUCGCUUUCAAUGCUAGUUGAGCUUUGCGGUAAACAUACCGAUGCCUUGAACGGCCAUGGAUACCCCGUCGAAGGAUUGGCAGAACUCAUACUGGUAAACGUGCUGUACAAAAAACUCGACAAAGAGACACAGGAGCAGUGGGAAACAAAGUUGGGUAGUGGCGAGCUCCCUGAAUUUGAUGAAUUCAUCGAUUUCUUGCGCGAGCGAGGUCGUGUACUGCAGCGGACGAAUCGGUCCCAGCAGCCAGCGGCACAUCAGGCAGCCCCUAAUAAGCGACAACCAAUGAAUCAGAAGUCACACGUACCUUCCAACUCGUUUGUACAGGUAGCAAAGGAGAUAUGCCCAUGUUGCAAAGCAGAGCACUCGAUCUAUCGCUGUGCCAAGUUUCAAGCUAUGCCCCUGCAUGAACGAAAAGCUUUUGUGGCCAAGGCAGUCCUGUGUUUCAAUUGCUUGAAGGCCAAACAUCGAGUCAGCAGAUGUCCGUCGGAGCAAGGUUGUAAAACGCAAGGUUGCGGUCGCAGGCACCACAGCAUGCUUCACAGCAAUGACACUCUCGGUGUGGCAAGUCCAGACAAGCACGCAAACAACGAAGAACAUGAAGCAGAAUCCGAUUUACAAUCUGAGAAGCAGCCGAAGGUUCCUGAACAGCGAAACAGUGCUACAACUCUUUGUGCUAACAUUGGUGGUGCCAGACAGCAAGUCGUUUUAUCGACGGCCCAAGUAUUGGUUACUGGAAAAGGCAAUUCGGUCGUGAAGUGUCGUGCUCUAUUGGAUUCUGGAUCCGACAGUAACAUUAUAAGUGAGAAAUUAGCAGAAAAGCUGCAAUUGAGGAUGGUUCUGGUAGACUUUCCUAUCAGCGGCUUGAACAACAUCGAAACACGAGUCAAGUAUCAAUUAGCAACAAAGUUCCGGUCCUGCACCAAUUCGUUUACCUCGGCCAUGCUUGAUUUUCUGGUCGUUCCACGAGUAACCUCAAAUCUUCCAGUUGCUGAGAUUGAUGCCCAAUUGUGGCCGAUUCCAUCCGGCCUGCGGUUCGCUGAUCCUAAGUUCCAUUCGCCAGGUGAAAUAGACAUGAUCAUCGGAAAUGAGGUAUUUUUUGACCUAAUAAAAAAGGGUCGAUUGAAGUUCGGCGUCGACGGUGUUACGUUAGCAGAAACGGAACUAGGUUGGGUCGUAGCAGGUUCGGUACCAAUCAAGAACACCCAGCAAUAUUCUCAGGUAUACCAGCUUAACCGCCAUGAAGAGAUGCUCAAUCAAACGAUGGCGAAGUUUUGGGAAUUGGAAAACGUUCACCCAGAGAAAACUACGACAACAGCUGAAAAUGUGGUUGAGAAUCAUUUCAAAACCACACACUACCGUGACGACUCCGGUCGAUAUGUAGUGCGACUGCCAUUCAAUGGCAUGGAAUGUCAACUUGGUGAUUCUUACGAUGCUGCUCGAAGACGCCUCAAUAAGCUAAUGAUUCAACUAGCAAAAAACCCAGUCAAACGUGAUGAGUACUACAAUUUUAUGUCCGAGUAUUUAGCCUUAGGUCAUAUGUCGGAGGCUAUUCAGUGCACGGAUGGUGGUGGCUACUACAUUCCCCACCAUGCCGUGUAUAAGGCGUCGAGUUCGACUACAAAAACAAGAGUGGUUUUCGAUGCGUCGGCAAAAACCACCACUGGUCUAUCCCUCAAUGACACGCUAUUGGUUGGGCCUACGGUGCAAAAUGACAUCGUCUCGAUCAUACUCCGAUUCUGCAUCCACCCGGUGGUGCUAACUGCCGACAUUUCAAAAAUGUACCGGCAAGUAAGGCUACAUAAGGAUGAUUGCAAAUUUCAACAAAUUCUAUGGUGGGAUAAUAACGGGCAGCUAAAAGUGUACGAACUGCAAACAGUCACAUAUGGCAUUGCUAGCUCACCUCAUCAUGCGACGAGAGUAUUACUUCAACUGGCCACUGACGAAGGUGAAGAAUUUGAGCUAGGAAGAAAGGCUAUUACGGAAGAGAGUUACAUCGACGAUUUCUUGACUGGUGGCUCGUCGAUUGAAGAAGUCAUUCGUAUCUAUUCGGAAUUAUCAGAGCUGCUACGUCGUGGUGGCUUUGAAGUGCAUAAGUUUUGUUCAAACAGCAUUGACGUGUUGAAAGCCAUUCCUAAGGAACUACAAGAGAAACAAGUCAGCUUUGAUGAAUCUGGUAUAAACAACAGUAUCAAGACGUUGGGGUUGAUCUGGAACCCCCAGGAUGAUUACUUUAUGUUCCGUGUGGCUCCAGAGCAUUGCGGAGUGGUGCCGACUAAGCGCAAGGUGUUAUCGGAAAUCGGACAGCUUUUCGACCCGCUCGGUUUCUUGGGUCCGAUUAUUGUAUAUGCCAAAUUAGUAAUGCAGGACAUUUGGCGCCUUGGUCUUGAUUGGGAUCAAGAGCUGCCAGGGGACCUAAUGAGAAAAUGGAAUUUAUUUCGACAGCAACUUUUGGCUGUGAAUCAAAUGCGUAAAUCUCGUUGUGUGACACAAGCUCAAGCGAUUACUCUGGAGCUGCAUGGUUUCUCGGACGCCUCCAAGCGCGCCUAUGGAGCCGUUCUAUAUGUUCGAAGCGUAGCUGUGGAUGGUACAAUCGACGUUAACUUGGUGGCCAGCAAAUCUCGUGUAGCUCCACUCAAACCGACAACGAUUCCACGACUCGAACUUUGUGGUGCAAGGCUGUUGGCCGAUCUGGUACAGAAAGUGGUUUCCGCGAUGAAUAUUUCAUUCCAUGCUGUUAAAUUGUGGUGUGAUUCCCAAAUAGUUUUAUGUUGGCUGAAAAGGUCUCCUCUCGCACUAAAUCAAUUUGUUGCCAACCGUGUUGCUGCAAUUGUAGAGUUGACACAGAACUAUCAGUGGGGCUACAUACAAUCCGAAGAUAAUCCUGCUGAUGUGAUAUCUAGAGGAGAACUACCUGAAGGUUUGCUACAAAGGAAACAGUGGUGGUGUGGUGCACACAUUUUAUGGGAACCACAACCUACAUUGUGUGAACCUGAGUCGAUUGAUGAAUCCAUGAUCCCUGAAAUCAAAUCAGCUGUAGUGUUAACGGUAGUAAGUUCGAGCCAACCGAUAGUGCUCAAUAGACUAAGCAAUUAUAAAAAGAUCAAACGAGCGUGGGUGUACGUUCAUCGGUACAUCGAUUAUAAGGUGCAUAAAAUACAUAAAAUUGGUGAGAUUACAGCCGAUGAAGUCAGACGGGCAGAGAGGUCAAUUUUAUUGCUUGUUCAACGUGAAGCAUAUAGUGACGUUCUGAAGGCAUUAAAAACAAAUUCUGCCCAGCAUACAUCGUAUCGAAAUCUGGCGCUGUUUGUUGGUGAUGAUGGUCUAAUCAGAGUCGGUGGUCGCUUGAAAUAUUCAGCUAUUCCGUACGAUGGUAAACAUCAAGUGCUGUUGCCACAAAAACAUCACAUCACAGAAACGAUUGUGCGAGAUUUGCAUCAGGAGCACUUCCACGUUGGUCAAAAUGGACUAUUAGCUAUCGUUCGUGAGAAGUAUUGGCCGGUCCAUGUAAAGCAGCUGAUUAAGGUUGUUUCAGCAUGUCAGGUGUGUGCUCGACAGCGUCCGAAACCGGGUGUACAAUACAUGGGCAAUCUUCCAGGAGUUCGAGUGAAUCCAUCGCAACCUUUCUCUAAGGUUGGAAUAGACUACGCUGGUCCGUUUAUGAUUAAGCUGGGAGGCCGAAGUACGAAGCUAUACAAGGGAUACGUUGUCGUGUUUGUUUGCUUGGUAGUAAAGGCUAUACACUUCGAGUUGGUCUCAAGUUUGUCGACGGAUAAUUUUAUAGCAGCUCUUCAACGUUUUUCCAGCCGUCGUGGACUGCCGAGUGAUAUAUACAGUGACAAUGCAACUACCUUUGUUGGUGCAAACCAUGAACUAGCAGCGCUCAAACAACUUUUCGAAGACCAGCAGCAUGAUCUAAAGGUAAAGGAAUUCUGUAGUACUAAGGGCAUCCGCUGGCAUUUCAUUCCCCCCAGAAGCCCACACUUUGGUGGAAUCUGGGAAGCGGGUGUGAAAUCUAUGAAAUACCAUCUCAAGAGGGUUGUAGGUGAGACACGACUUACCUUUGAGGAAAUGAGCACCUUUCUUGCGCAAACAGAAGCCAUUCUCAACUCGCGACCAUUGUGCCCAAUGUCAGAGGACCCCAGCGACUAUUCCGUUCUGACGCCAUCCCAUUUCUUGAUCGGGCGCUCUGGUGUGGCUUUACCUAUGCCGUCUUAUGAUGAUGAACGGGUAGGACGUCUCAACAGGUAUCAGCAUCUCCAGCUGAUGAAUCAACAUUUUUGGAACAAAUGGUCGCGCGAAUACCUUCAUCAUUUGCAAGGCCGCCAAAAGUGGAACACGAAGGUUAACUCGAAUUUCAAGAUUGGUGCGAUGGUCUUGUUAGUGGAAGAAAACUUACCGACGCAACAAUGGAAACGAGGCCGCAUUGUUGCUGUACAUCCCGGCGAAGACAAUAUUGUUCGAGUGGUGACAGUUAAAACGGUAAACGGAGAGUAUAAACGAGGAGUAGCGAAGGUUGCUUUGAUGCCUUCUGUCGAAACGGGUGAAACGGUUGAAACUGAAUUAUCAACGGGGGGUGAAUGA